UUUGCAGGAUGACUUAGAUGAUUGAUUACCCAUGCAGGUGCCAUAGCGUGGCAAGCACGGAGCCCGCUCAGAUCUCUGCUGCAGUUUUGACCAUUGUAAAUACCUCGUGCAUUAUCCAGCACUAUGUGCAGUAACUGCAAAACCGGACGAGGAAGCAACGACUACGCAAUUACUAUACUGAUGAGGACAUGGACGCAGACAUUCCUAGAAGCACGGCAUGUGGCGAUUGGGAGAUCAUGGUGGCAUUGAGCCUGGUUCGUGCCGCGGAACGCCGAUUCUGGGCCUGGGAAACAAGCACAGACUGGUGGAACCACAUAGUAUUGCAGUUGGGUUUGAAGACUAUGGACCAGAUUGUGAUAGCAUGAGGAUAACUGCAUUCUUGGACAUCCCGGGACAGGAUAACUUGACUCCGCUUGCUCGUUUGGAAAAAUAUGCUUUUAGUGAGAAUAUAUUUAAUCGACAGAUUAUUGCCAGAGGUCUACUUGAUGUCUUUCGAGAUUUCAGUAAUAAUGAAGAAGAUUUCUUGACGGUAAUGGAGAUAGUGGUCAGACUGUCCGAAGAUGCAGAGCCUACUGUACGGACAGAACUGAUGGAACAAAUACCGCCCAUUGCCGUUUUUCUACAAGAAAGUCGACCAAACUUCCCAACGGCAUUUUCUGACUAUCUUAUGCCCAUUGUAGUGAGAUACCUCACAGACCCUAACAACCAGGUUAGAAAAGCAAGUCAGGAAGCACUGCUAAUACUGCUAGAACAAGAACUCAUUGCUCAAAAUGAUAUUGAAAAUAAGGUGUGUCCAAUUCUGUUGGACCUCUCUGCUCCAGACAGUGACGAUGAGUACAAAGUGGAAGCAGUGAAUAUAAUUUGUAAAAUGGCUUCUAUGCUGAGCAAAACUAUUGUUGAACGUAUGCUACUUCCCCGUUUCUGCGAGCUGUGUGGUGACGGGAAACUUUUCCAAGUCCGUAAGGUUUGUGCAGCUAGCUUUGGCGAUAUUUGUAAUGCAGUUGGACAAGAGUCCACAGAGAGAUUUUUGAUUCCAAAGUUUUUUGAGCUCUGCUCUGAUAGUGUUUGGGGAAUGCGAAAAUCUUGUGCUGAAUGCUUUAUGGCUGUGUCUUACACUACUUCCUCAGAAGUUCGCAGAAGCAAGCUGUCCCCUCUCUUUAUCAGUCUCAUCAGUGACCCCUGCAGAUGGGUUCGCCAAGCUGCUUUUCAGUCUCUAGGCCCGUUUAUUUCUACCUUCGCAAACCCUUCUAGUGCCGGUCUUUAUAUUCGGGAGGAUGGGACCCUCAGUAUCCGACCAUCAGCACAGGAUGUGACUUCCAGUUCCUGCCAACCAGGCAACAAUGCAAACAUCACAUCUGCCAGUAUGAACAUUGUAUCCUCCAGUUUAGAACAACCAAUAGAAAUUAAAUCGGAAUCAUCAACUGAAGGGACUUCAGCACAAGCCAACCCCUUGAUCUUUGUUGAAAGCCCAAGGACAGACCUACUGAAAGGAAGUUCAAACAGUUGUGGUAGUCCUGGAGAGGCUCGUACUAGAUUGUCCCAGAAUGAGAAUACCACUGCUUAUGUGAUAAAAGGCAUUAAAGACUGUCACAUAAGCAAUUGCCAGGGAGUGAACUCAAGGUUCCAGUCUGCUGAGGAUAUCUUUAAUACUUUCCUGUACUGGCGCCCCCCACUCCCUGAUAUAAGUCAGGAUUUGGAGCUGCUUCAGUCCAAGACUGAGAAGCGUGAAGAAGGCUGCUCUGUGUCGAAAGCUAUGUGUAAAAACUGUGUUGCCAGUAGUGAAAUAAAAAAAGUGCUGGAAAGCUUGCAGGAGCACAUAGAUGAUCCAGAUGUUCAAGCCCAGGUUCAAGUAUUGUCCGCUGCGCUCAGAGCUGCUCAGUUUGAGUCUGUCAAUGAUUAUGAGACCAAACACACAGAAGAGAGAAAUGGCAAACUUCAGAAUGAAUUGUCCACUUUUGAAGCCAGCGAUGCCACUGUGGAGAAGAACACUUUGUCCUCUUCAUCAUUCCAGGAUGAUGUAAGCAACCAAUCUACUACCAGCAUACUGAAAAGCACAGAGUCAGAGGAACAACACAAUGGGACCAUUGAAUUUUUAAAGAAAGAACAACAUAAUAAUCCACUCAUUGAAGAUGAUAAAUCUAAGUUACAGGAUAUCAUACCUCAACCUUUAUUAGACCAGUACUUGUCAAUGACUGACCCAGCUCGAGCCCAGACUGUUGACACUGAAAUAGCAAAACACUGUGCAUAUAGUCUCCCGGGGGUGGCCUUAACUCUGGGCCGGCAGAACUGGCAUUGUUUGAAAGAUACGUAUGAGACCUUGGCAGCAGACGUACAGUGGAAGGUCCGUCGGACGCUAGCUUUUUCCAUACACGAGCUGGCUGUUAUUCUGGGGGAUCAACUAACAGCAGCUGAUCUGGUGCCGAUCUUCAAUGGAUUCUUAAAAGAUCUGGAUGAAGUGCGGAUUGGAGUUCUUAAACAUCUCUAUGACUUCCUUAAAUUGCUUCAUGCAGACAAAAGGCGCGAGUACCUUUACCAGCUUCAAGAAUUUGUUGUGACUGAUAACAGCAGGAAUUGGAGGUUUCGUUACGAGCUGGCAGAACAGCUGAUCCUGAUAUUAGAACUCUAUAACCCCAAUGAUGUGUAUGACUACUUACGGCACAUUGCGUUAACUCUGUGUUCGGAUAAAGUAUCGGAAGUCAGGUGGAUCUCCUUCAAACUGGUUGUGGCAAUACUACAGAAGUUCUAUGCAAAUAAUGCAAAUGCAUUGGGAUUAAAUUUCAUUAAUGAGCUUGUAGCGAGGUUCCGUCAUUGUUCCAAGUGGAUUGGAAGACAAGCUUUUGCCUUCAUUUGUCAGGCUGUAGUAGAAGAAGAGUGUAUGCCUGUUGACCAUUUUGUCGAACACUUACUUCCCAGUCUUUUAAGUCUUUCUUCUGAUCCUGUGCCAAACGUAAGGGUUCUGUUAGCCAAGGCUCUAAGGCAAACGCUGUUGGAGAAAGCUUAUUUUAAAAGUGUUGGCAACCCUCAUCUAGAAGCCGUGGAAGAGACUGUUCUAGCUUUACAGUCUGACAGAGACCAAGAUGUGUCUUUUUUUGCCACUGUAAAACCAAAACUGAACAAUAUGGACACAACUUCCCUUGAAAAACAAAACUAAACCGUUCAUCUACUACAAACCUCGAACAUCAAAAUGAUGACACACUUCAUGUUCUUGGAGGAACAUGGAACCAAGCAAUUUAUUGCCUCCUUGGUCUGAGAGAAAAGGGCUUGUUGAAAAUGCCAUUAUCUUCAUUCAGUGACUAUUUUUAUAUCUACAGCUGUGCUUCAGAUGGGAUGACUACAUUCAUACUUUUGUUCUUUUCCUUGUAAACAUGGAUUGUAACUCAUCUCUACAAAAGGUCCAGUAUUGUAAAUACCCUCUUACGAAGUUGCACACAUGCAGCAUUUCAGUAUCAUCCGUUACAGUAAUAUAUUUUUAAAUACUGUAUUUUAAAAAAAUCCAGUAAUAAAGCUGUUUGCUAGAAAGCCCUCUAAGCUGAAGUUAGUAAGCUUAAGUGUAGCUGCUUUCCCCCAUUUUAUUGUGGUUUUUAUAUAUAUUUUUUUGUUUAUAGUUUUGCAUUUUAGUAUUUACCUGAAAAAAUGUAUAUAUGUGAAUAGCUCCUGAAACGUGGCAAAAGAAUUCAAAAAAUUUUAAUCCCACACCAGUGAGAAUCAUAUAAGCCAUUUUAUGUUAUACAACACAGGUCGCUUGUUGGAACUAAAGCACGGCUUACUUCUACUUUUAACAUACAUGUGAUGUUUUUAAAAUCAGGGCUUGACUUUCUCUGUAUAUUGGGGCAGUUUUUAUUACUUUGUCUUUUUUAAACUGUAUUAUUAUUAUUAUUUUAUUAUUAACAUUUUUACUCCCUGCCAUUAAUCCUUGGUCUCCUUUUGUCACUGCUAGUACUAAUAGGUGUGUAAUAUAUAUGGACUGUUAACUCCUCAACUGGAAAUUGCUAAUUCUGACCUAGCAAAGUUCAUUUCAUUCAAGGAACUGCAAGGUCACAGAUUACAUGAAGUCUCUGCAAUAGGAAGUUAAC